AUGUCGUCUCGAUUUCCCCUUUCGUCCGGGUUUAACUCCCGUGACCGCUCUCCACCGCGCUUCGGGGACCGUCGCGCGCCUGUCGGUCCCCGUGGCCCUGAUGACGGGAGCCCUUCAUUUGACAGGGAGCCCCCCCCGUGGCCCCCGAGCUCUGGGGGCUUUGGUGGUGGUCGGGGUCGCGGCUAUGGUCGGGGUGAUUUUAGAGAUCGUGACCGUGACCGUGACCGAGACAUGCGAGACCGCGACCGCGAUCGCGACUUUCGAGACAAUCGCGAUGCGCCCCCAUUCCGCCGCGACAUGGAUCGGGACUGGGGACGCCGGGACCGUAACUUCGACCCUCGAGAUGCGCCCCGAAUGGGCUUUGGCCGCGGCCGAUCACGUUCCCCUACGCGCGACUUCCGUGACUUGAGAGAUCCCCCCCGGACGAGAUUUUGA